AUGAGAAGCUCGGUUUCAAUGCAGCACACCAGCGACGAGGAACUACUUUGUGCUUCGUUGAUGAGGAAUAGCAGAGAAAUUAAGGCCUUCUUCAACAGUAAGUUGAUGUAUUUAGUCAGGGAUGCUCAAUACCUUGCCCUAAUCGGAAUAAGAAGCGUCCAACAAAAACUGGGAGCCUAUUCCUCUUUGGAAGGAAUUAAAGAGCUCAUGGAUAACCUUGCACCAGGCACCACCCAACAUCCAAACCCCUCUCUAAUCCAUCAUAAUAAUAGUCAAGAGCAGCUAUUUACUCCUCCUCCCAACCAGCAACAUUUAUCCACCCCUGAAAAAAAAAGUACCUCUCAUGAAGAUAUGACCAACGAAGAAGAUUCGAGAUAUAAACCAUCAUCAAGUUGGAGAAAAGGGGAUAGGCAAGGUAUUCAAUUAUCUUCAGGAAAUGAAGAUCAGUUUGAUCCUUACUUGCCUGAUAAGCAUAACAACAUUCAAGCCUCACCAAUGAAAAAAUCCAACAACAAUUAUUUAAAUCAUCCAGCUCAACAUGCAAACUAUUUACCAACCCCAUCCUCACCUUUUUUCGAUGAGACUCGAUUUAAUGUUCCCAGUAGGCUGAAUGGAAAUGUACAUCAAAACUUUUUCAAUACUCCCAUUCCUCACGUGCAUGAUUACUUUAGCCCUUACCAAAAUUCAAAUCCAUAUCAAUCUUAUCCACUUAUACCUCCAACCACCUAUAUUCACUACCCUUCAUAUCCGUCACAUCCCCUUAAUACUCCUACAAUUGUGCAUCACGUAGCUCCGCAACAACCACAACGCAUUGAAUUCCAAAAUCAUCAAACAAACCACCAAACAAAUCAACAAACAAAUCAACAGCAGGUUGAACAUGCGCAUUUACCUGAGCAAAAGCCUAGUAAGAGAGCAGAUCUAAUAGUGAUACAAAAGGAGGAAAUCUCUCCUGCUGAAACGGAGGACUCAGAAGGGCCUCCAAAAGCUGUAGCUUGGUCUGCAGGCUUGGGAGGAAAUGUUAAGAAAAAGAAAUCAGAAACUCCAAAGAAAGAAAUCAAAAAACCUCCAGUUAAAAAGCUGCAUCGUCAUGCUUCCGUUCCUCCAAAAUUUGGGGUACCUUAUGACAUUAAUAAGGUGGAAUCAAAAAUCAAAGGUCAAAUAAUGAUGGACAAAAAAACAAAUCAACAUGCAAUGCAUGAACCAGUGCUUGUGACAUCCAAAAAAGAAAUGAUUGAAAAAUUGCCAACGGAAGGACACUCUUCAGACCCUAUCAGACAGGAAAUUGCAGAAAAUGAACCGAAACAAAACGUACAAGCCACCUCGAACAAACCCCCGCUCUCUCAACCUCAACAAGUCCAACCAACUGCCCAAGCAUCUCACAGUUUAAAACAGCAAGACGUAAGCAAACAACCAACAAGAAAGGUACCUUCAAAGCGACUUGAAGAAAUUCUUUAUCAGAGAAAGAAAGUUGAUUCUCCUAGAACAGAGAAAGAAUCUGUAUUGUCGAUAGUAGAAAAAUUCAUGAAUGAUCCUUAUUUGAAAGACUUCUAUUAA